CCCCUCCUCGCAUAUGGAUUUCUGGCUUCUGUCGCUGCAACAUCCCUAGUCCAGUCUCCUGCAAAACGACACUGCCCUUCGGCCCACAGCAAUGUCUUAUUCGAACGGCGGAUACAGAGGAGGAGGCCACCCAAGGAGGUCGAGGUAUGAGGAUCAGGAACCUCAACAGAGCCCGGAGGAAAGGAAACAGCAGGAAAUCUCCUCGUAUUUGUUUCGUCUGGGCGAUGCGGGAAGCGAAGGACACGACCAAACGGUUGCAGUGAAUGCCAUCGCUACUCGAUUGGAUAAGGAUCAUGGGGCAUACCCAGAUCUGGUUAAGAGCGCCAUCAAUGCCUGCAUAACGCAGGUCCCACAAAAAACCUGCAUAUACGGCGCUCUGGUCCGUGUGAUCGAAUCGAAUGGAUCCCCUGUUGCGCAAACGUUUGUAGAUGUCGCCGGAGACGCGCUGCAAACGGCGCUGAACGCAAACGACUUCCGGACGGUGAAAAUCGUCCUACGGUUCCUUGCCGAGCUUAUGAGCAGGGCGAUUAUUUCUCCUGCACAGUUGAUUACAGUAUACGACCUGUUUCUGAAUGUGACGAAUGAGCCAGGGGUGCAGGUCGAAAGGGCAGAUGCGUUCGUUUUUUCGAUCCUAGCGAGCAUUCCCUGGGGAGCUGAGCAGCUCAACGCGCGCGCCCCUGAAGAGCUGUCGCGGAUCAUGGGAACGGUGGAGAGCUACAUCAAUGCGCGAAGGGAGACGUUCUCUAGCACAGACAUUCCGUACGCUUUGGAAGCGCUCAGCGAAUACCGUGACGUUCCGGCGGACUGGCCUUAUGCGCCGCGGGAUCGACUGGAAACGCUGUGGAAUCAAAUUGUCGACCUAAAGACUGCAGAUCUGUGGGCGUCCAGGAUACUCUACCGCCUUGAUCUUGGGCCGGCCCCUGCGAUUGGGCAGGCAGCACACGCAUUACAGGAGUUCAGUGUCACCCCGUCCCUCGUGGAGGUGAAAUUCUCGUAUCAACCGGUGCUUAGAAUCUUCGACGAUUCUCUGAUGACGCCCGAGAACGCAAUCAUCAAACUCCCCUCGACGAACAGUAUUUCUCGAUACAUUCUGGAAGACAUGAUAUACGACAUCGUCCGCAUUUUCUCACACAACCACAAAGAGGCGUCCAGGCUGUUAUGGCAACUGGAAAGCUUCUUGGACGGAUUCUUCCUCGAAGACGGCAAGAUCUCGUAUUUGGCGAGCGUUGUGGAAACCCUCUUUGCGGAGAUGCUUCGUCUGCCCCGCAGCGGCGAACGAGGGAUGUACUACACCACACUCCUCAUGGAUCUGAUCAAAGAAGAUAUCCAAACGGUCCCGAAGAUGAUCGGACGGGCAGUGAGGACGCUGUAUUCACGGCUUGACGGACCUGAGCAUCUUGGCGGUGGAAUGGACGUGGAAGGCAUAAGGAGACUAUCCGAGUGGUUUGCGGUCCACCUCUCGAACUUCGGUCAUGUGUGGCCAUGGCAGAGUUGGGAAGCGGUGUUGAAUGUCGAGCAGACGUCAGCUUCGUUCGUCUUCGUCCGUGAGACACUGGAGCGAUCUACACGACUAGCUUACUGGGAGCGUGUGCAAGGGAGCAUCCCGGAAUCUUUCGCUCAGAAUGCGGCAAUAUUCCCUCCUCACGCCCCGACAACGAAUUUCAAGUUCCAAGAUCUGGAAGACUCGCCAAAGGCCGAGCUGAUCGCGACAUUCAGGAAAUCCAUGGCGGCGAGAACACCAGCACCAGAGUUGACCACUAUUCUCCAACAAAUCGCUCAACAACCUACAACGGAUGGCAUGAGCACCUCGGGUGAAGAGGACGCUCGGGAAGUUCUUGUUCAAUGUGUGAUGUUGCAAGGGAGCAAGAGUUUCAGUCACUUGCUGAAUAUUGUGGAGAGAUACGUUGGGUUGCUACGGGAUUACAAUACCACUGAAGAGGCGCGAGAGCACACAGUCCGCAUCAUCGCCGACUUCUGGAAACACAACACGCAGUUUUUGGAGAUUGUGCUGGAUAAAUUCAUGAACUACCGGGUUCUGGACCCCAAGAGUAUCUACUCGUGGGUACUCAGCCCGGAUGUGCUCGAUUCCAACUACACUCGAUUCUACUUCUGGUCCAUCCUACGGUCGACAUUAGCAAAAGUGAACCUAAAAGUGGAGCAGCUAACGCUGAAAGUGCAAGCAGCGAAGAAAGAACAGGACAGUUCCGACAUGGACGUGGAUGGGGAUGCUACUGCCGCGCUUGAUAAGAACAGAAGCGACGCGUUGCGCGAGCAGAAGGAGGUGUUUGUGCAGCUCUUCCAGAAGUUCGUGGACGUGAUACGUGAGCAGUAUGCCGUGUUUGAGUCGCAAGGAGUGGAUCCCACCACGACGGCUUGGAAUCGAUGGGUGCUGGGCAAUAUGCGGGAGGUUGCUAGAGGGUUCCCCAACGAAGUAAAAUCAUACAAAGUCACACUCGACAUGCUCGUCUUCCGCGAAGACAUCGACGCCCGGAUCCUGAAGGUCUGGCGCGAGAUCAAGGGGAUGUACGCCAUUCACACUGACACACUGGUGUAAAGAUUGCCACAUAGCGAAGAUUGGGUGUACAAUGUUUCUGAAUCGAUGCGCCAACGUAUAUAUAUAUAAUCUCCAAUCUCGAAUCGAUCAGUUUAGCGGUAGUGGUAUGUAGCUGUGCGAUGGGGACAGCACAGGAGGUGCUCUGAGCUUCUUAUAUUUGGUUUGCUGUGAUAAAUAAAGGCAGCGAAUACCGGUUCCCUCUAUGCUGAAACCACUUCAUGCUACUUUCGAUCUAGUGCCGGGCCGUUGCACUACCUU